ACUAUGACUGAGCACCAAUGACAUUGUUCCCAUAGUAAUAUUCUAGGAAAACUGGAGUGAUUUUUUUCAUCAGGCAAUAGAGAUCUAAUUUAAACGGCCUUUGCUAGCCCUUUGAAAACUAUCUUAUGCAUGGGCUCCUGUUGUGUAAUCUGCACAAUGGUGACUAAUCAAAAUCAUCACGAGCUCCUGCUCCUAUGAAUCAUGAAUCAUAAAAAGAACUUUCAGAUAUAACCUCAGUAUCACUGCACAAUUAAUUCCCAGCAGAGUGAGCAGCACAUCACUAUAAUCUCACUACUGAAGUGCACAGAUACAGAUAAACCCCGGCAGGAAUGUGAUCGCACACUGAUUUCUUUGAGGAGUUGUGUAUGUACUAUGCAUGUAUGCGCAUAUCAGAGACAAAAAUGCACUGCUCUGGCGCCUCCUGUCGACAGUUAUGGGCCACUGCCGGUGCACCGAGCUGCAGAAAGAGAGGGGCAUUCUCAGAUUUCCCGAUUUCUCCCAGCCGCUGUGCCGCUUCCACAUCACGGCCGACAGCAAACCGAGACGACGACGACGACGACGACAUGAACCCAGCGUGCUUCAACCCCGCAGUCACUGCAGCCGGCCCGCGUCGUCCCAGAUUCACCUAGACUCAGACAAGGAUACAUAGCAGCUGUGGAGACGGCAGUGAAGAGGGGAAAUGGGAAGAGCCAGCACAGUAGACAGAGCCCAGAUAGACCUGUCAGCUCUGUGACACCCACACAUACCUCACGCUCUGGUCCAAGACGAGAACAGAGGAUGCGAAAGCAGCUCUGCUGAGGACAGGUCAGGAGAUUCUAUCCUGAGGGAAUGGUGCUGCUGAGAUGACCUGCGUGACCUUGCUUUCCUCAAGAGAUCAUUCUCCAAUCAAAAGGACGGUGCGAAAUCUAGCCGGGACAUGGUUGGCAGGUUCACAUGAUGGACAGGUGAUGGAGUCUUCCAUCAUCUUUCUCCACCAGUGACCCCACCCUGCCAGCCCCUCCCUUUGAGGCAUAAGUGUGUACCAGUGGUCCAAGGCCCCGUAUUUCUCUGCCAUGGUGACAUAAGCAGUGCUGCAAUAUGAGGGAGAGCCAACGUGAGACCGUCUCAUUUCUUUCUCCAGUAGCUGCUGCAGCUGCUACCUUAACGCCGUUUGUAUUUAGCUCCAUAGCAAGACUGACUUUGUUGUGAAUAAUCCCUGCUUGUCGUUUUCUACCCACACCGAGAGAGAGAGAGACAGAGAGACAGAGAGAGAGAGAGAGACUGUCCCCAAGGCGUGUUGCUGGGCCUGUGGGGCGGAGCGGUGUGGCGCGAGACGAUGCUGGGAUGCGUGACUCGCCUCCGUCGGCUGGUCCGUCUCCUCCCCCUGCAGACCUCACUCCUCCUCCUCUUCCUCUUCUGCACCGUCAGUGUCUUCAUCUCCGCCUACUUCCUGUAUGGCGUCAAGCGGGAGCUGGAGCCGUCGGGAGGGGGCGUCUCCGGGGCAGAGGGAGCGUCCGCCGACUCAGACGACCCGAGGGUCACUCCAUCCCGGCUUCUGCCCUUGCGGGGCGUCUCAGGGGGCCCAGGGGUGGAUCCUGGAGGGGCCAGGACAGAUCCUGUGGUUCUGGUGUUUGUGGAAAGCCAGUAUUCUCAACUGGGUCAGGAGAUUGUGGCCAUAUUGGAGUCUGGCCGGUUCCGGUACCGGACUGAGAUCUCUCCUGGUAAAGGGGACAUGCCCACAUUGACAGACAAAGAGAGAGGGCGUUUCACACUGGUGAUUUAUGAGAACAUUCUCAAGUAUGUUAAUUUGGAUGCCUGGAACCGAGAGCUGCUGGACAAAUACUGUGUGGAAUAUGGAGUGGGCAUCAUUGGCUUCUUCAAGGCCAAUGAAAACAGCCUGCUCAGUGCGCAGCUGAAAGGCUUCCCCCUUUUUCUCCACUCGAACUUGGGUCUGAAGGACUGCACAGUCAACCCCAAGUCCCCCCUUCUGUUUAUCACUCGAUCUGGGCAACCCCUGCCAGGUCCUCUCCCCGGGGAUGACUGGACCGUUUUCCAGUCCAACCACUCUACAUACGAGCCUGUGUUGCUGGCCAAGACCCAAUCGGCUGAGAGCAUUGCAUCGAUGGGGCAGAAUGCUGCUCUGCUCCCGUCGGUGGUGCAGGACUUGGGGCUCCAUGACGGUAUCCAGAGGGUCCUGUUCGGGAAUAAUUUGGUCUUCUGGUUGCACAAGCUGGUGUUUGUGGAUGCUGUGGCCUUUCUGACGGGGAAGAGGCUCUCGUUGUCCCUGGAGCGCUACAUCCUGGUGGAUAUUGAUGACAUCUUUGUGGGCAAAGAGGGCACCCGCAUGAAGGUGCCAGAUGUAAAGGCCCUGCUGGAGACACAGAGGGAGCUGCGCACCCAUGUGCCCAACUUCACCUUCAAUCUUGGCUUCUCAGGGAAAUUCUUUCACGCUGGAUCUGAUGAGGAGGACCUGGGAGAUGACCUGCUGCUUUCCUAUGUUAAGGAGUUCUGGUGGUUCCCUCACAUGUGGAGCCACAUGCAGCCCCAUCUAUUCCACAACCAGUCCGUGCUGGCCGAGCAGAUGUUGCUCAACAAGAAAUUUGCCAUGGAGCAUGGGAUCCCCACUAACAUGGGCUACGCGGUGGCGCCCCACCACUCGGGCGUCUACCCUGUCCACAUACAACUGUACGACGCCUGGAAGAAGGUUUGGGGCAUCAAGGUGACCAGCACAGAGGAGUACCCGCACCUGAAGCCCGCCCGCUUCCGGCGAGGCUUCAUCCACAGCGGCAUUAGCGUGCUGCCCAGGCAGACGUGCGGUCUUUUCACACACACCAUCUUCUAUAAAGACUACCCGGGCAGUCCUAAUGAACUGGACAAGCUCAUCAAUGGAGGAGAACUCUUCCUCACUGUUCUACUGAACCCUAUUAGUAUCUUCAUGACCCAUUUGUCCAACUACGGGAACGACCGCCUGGGCCUGUACACCUUUAAAAGUCUGGUGAUGUUCGUCCAGACGUGGACCAACCUGAAGAUGCAGACUCUGCCGCCUGUGCAGCUGGCUCAGAAAUACUUCAGCCUGUUCCCUUCUGAGAGAGAUCCCCUCUGGCAGGAUCCUUGCGAGGACAAAAGGCACAAGGACAUCUGGUCCAAAGAGAAAACAUGUGACCGCUUCCCCAAACUGCUCGUCAUUGGGCCUCAGAAGACAGGCACGACGGCACUCUACCUGUUUCUUGGCAUGCAUCCUGAUCUGACCAGUAACUACCCCAGCAAGGAAACCUUUGAGGAGAUCCAGUUCUUCAAUGGGCACAACUACCACAGAGGCAUCGACUGGUAUAUGGAGUACUUCCCUCUGCCCUCCAACACCAGCUCAGACUACUACUUUGAGAAGAGUGCCAACUACUUCGACUCUGAGGUGGCUGCUCAGAGGGCUGCGGCUCUCCUGCCCAAAGCGAAGAUCAUCACCAUCCUCAUCAACCCAGCUGACAGAGCUUACUCUUGGUACCAGCACCAAAGAGCCCACGAUGACCCGGUGGCAUUGAAAUACUCCUUCCAUGAUGUCAUUACCGCAGGCCACGAUGCGCCAGUUAGACUACGGGUCCUCCAGAAUCGCUGUCUGGUGCCGGGCUGGUACGCCAUCCACCUGGAGCGCUGGCUCAACUUCUACCACUCCAGCCAGCUGUUAGUCCUGGACGGACAGAUGCUAAAGACCGAGCCUGCCUCAGUCAUGGAUAAAAUCCAGAAGUUUUUAAGCCUGGCCAACAUCAUCAACUACCACAAGAUUCUAGCGUUUGACCCUAAGAAAGGCUUCUGGUGUCAGCUGCUGGAGGGGGGAAAGACAAAGUGUUUGGGAAAGAGUAAAGGACGCAGGUACCCUGACAUGGACCCUGAGUCCCAGGGGUUCCUCAGGGAGUACUAUAGGGAUCACAACAUCGAACUGUCCAAGCUGCUCUACAGAAUGGGUCAGCCGCUGCCCAGCUGGCUCAGAGAAGAGCUGGUCCACACCAGGUAGCAGCACCACUGGGAGAGACCGCAGCUCCGCACACAAUAAACCACUGCUCGACCCUGCAGGGGGAGGGAAGGAGGGGGGAGGGAGGGGACACUGCCCGAGCGUGCAAUGUCGAAGAUCCCAAAUGAUUUUUGAAAGAGACAGAAAUGUAUUCGGAUUUGAGGACGGGAUGCCCAACUAGAACUCAAAACUUACUGUGAUCUACGAGCAUAGUUGCAAUAAGCAGCUAUUAGCGCUCCCCUCUCCCCCCUGAGCUUCGAGAUGUCCUCCUGCAGGGACAAACCAGGAACAGGAGAGCCCUAACGACGGCCUCCGCCGUGUCCUGAAGAAGAAGAAGAAGAAGAAGGGAAGGCUCAGUGACGUACAGCAGGGACCUUCAGUGUUUGAUAAUCACUUCCCUGCUCUCCUUAAGCGAAACCUUCUCUUCUACGCAUGAACUUCAUCUUGAAAAUCAAAGGAAGGAAAAAGCCCGAAGGCCGUCACAGUUUCAGCUCUGGAAAACAGGUGGAAGAAGUGAUCACACAGGUGUGAGUUGUGGUGUUUGGAGCACAUUAAAAAAAAACAGGCAACAUAACAUUGACUGUGACAGACAGACGGUUAACAGACAGAGAGACAUUUGUUGCAAAAUGCCUGUGAUAAGUGAAGUGUUUGUAUGUGAGGAGAAACGGGACAUCUGGAGUCUUGACUCAGGCUGCAUGUUGUAGCCUUAUUCGAUAGGCCUUGGUAGAAUCUAGUUAUCGCAUUUACAAGUGUCAGGACAGAAUCUUUAAAAUAUUACCACAUGGACUUUUUUUGAGGGUUUUUUUUUUAUUUUUUAAAGAUUUAUGUUUGUUUUUCUUUACUCAGAUUUUGUUUUAACGUUUCUAUAAUGCUGUCGGCAAUGCAUUAUUGUAGAAUGUACCAAAACUAAACAUGUUAGCUCAGUUUCCUCCUACAGGUCAGAUGUACAGUACAGUAGACUGGUUCGUUUAAGUGUUGGGCUCAGCUUCCUUUUUUUAGUCAGUUCCACGACCAGCGAAUUGACUAAAGCAGGAACCGAAGGAUUAGAUGUUGAAAGCACAAUAUUUAAAGGCACUCAAGUGAACAUCGAUUCUGGACAUACAGGUUACUGGAAAGCACAUUAAGAAAAUGGAUCCUACUACAAUCUGUGAAGAAGAUCAUAAGCUAGCUACUGUAUGUUAAUUAAGACACUAUGGUCCAAGAGAUUCAGAUAGUGUACAGAACAAGACUGUGCAUUUCAAUUCAGUUUCAGAUUGGGUUUGUUUUGUUUUUUUUUGUCAAAACUGUAUAUUUUGUAUUAUAUUUUAUUUCAUUUCAUUUAGUGAAUGAGUUUGGGGGGGGGGGGGGAGCUGUCUCUGGGAAAAAACGUGUAAAGUUGCCAGGCGAACCGACAGUAUGCCCAGUGAGACCGUACAGACGUUUGGUUGUGGGUCGAGGUGUUACCACUGCAACUAGAUGUCAAGCAUAGAUAACAAAAAGCUGCUCUUAUUGCAAUAGUUUUGUACAAUGUUCUGAUGUAAUAACAAUGCACAUGGUGGUCCUUUUAUUUCCUGACUUUGUAAUGUACAUAAUCCGCAACCCUUGGUAGACCUAAAUUAUUGAAUGUGUUUGGGUUUACGCUCCCUCCAUCAGCCCAUUCCCAUGGUGUGAGAUGUCAGUGCUGAAGGGAGUUUGGAUGAACACAUUGUACGGAGGUUUGUCGAUAAGAUUGUCUCCUCUCAUGUCCUCUCACUGCCAACUAUUGUACAGAGGUACUGAGUCUCUCCAUAUAAAGUAUUAAGUGAUAACACAUAACAGCAACGAUGGUACUAAUCUCCUGGACUGUAUGAUAAAGAUUUGUAAUUGUUGUCAAUAAUUUUUACAGUGUAACUAAUAUUGUCAGUGCUUUUUAAUUUGCAAAUAAAACACCACUGUAUUUUUCA